AUGGUUUUUAAAAUUAGAUUUGUUGUUAACUAUUCAAAACUCCCUGUAAGAGUUAUUAAUCAAGAGAAUGGUAAAGACCUACUCCUGAAAGAAGUGCCAUUGGAUUAUGGAUAUGGAUCGAUAACUUAUAACAAUUCACUUGCUAUGGCGGUACCUCUUAAAGCAACUGGAAAGUUUGUUACAGUUCAAGUUGGUGCCACUGGUCCUAUUCAUAAGAUUGUUGAUGAUGAUUAUAAAAUUCUUUUAGAUGGUGUACCAAUAUACCGGUAUGAAUCUGAUAGUAAAUCAGAAUGCUGUCUUAGAAUAUCAGGAGGUGAUAAUCCUGAAUUUAUUACAGUGGAAUUAUAUUUAUUCAGACCAGGUGUUUGUCCUAUUCCGAAUGAUUUGACAUCUUCAAAGACUGGACAAGGUGUUGAUGCUGCAUUCACCAGUGUCGUUGAUAGAUUUAAACAUCGUAUUCUUGAUGAGCAUGGUGAUCUUGUUUAUGUCAUCGGUCAUAAGAGUAUUCGUACCAAAGCAGCACAAGAGAGAUUUUAG